CAAAAAAACUCUUUUAAACAUGUCUUCGUCUGCUGUGCCUAUUUAUCAAUCUUUUAAUACUUCACAUUUGCCACCUACACCCGCUUGUUCAUCGAUAGAGAAGGCACAAGUCCGAGAUCUAUCUACCGUACAAGGUUCCAGUUCUCACUAUGGCUCCUUAAGCACUACCAGUGCCCCUUAUUUUGAAACACUGAAAGAGGCUCGACCUGCUACACCAUCACAAACCACCAUCAGUUCAAAUAAUCAUGAUGAAAGUUUAUACUUGUUAUGGACACAAGCAUUAUUAAGGGAAAGAGGGUUUACAGAUGAGAAGAAAGAGGAUGAGGAUGAGGAUGAGACGAAAGAUGAUGAUGAUAGUAGUGUAUCUGAUAUGUCUUCAGUAUCAUCAGAAGAAGAAGAGGAAGAUAAGAUAAAUAUAGAUCAUUACAUUGCUGAGAAACGCAAACUGUUCUCUCCCGCGCCUUCUUCCUUACAUGCAUACAGUCAUCGAGCUUCUAUGGUUUCUCAUUAUUCUUCCGUUGCUAGUCAGUCUCCUGCUCUUACUACUACUGCAAUGGUGGGGGAAGAAGAUACACCCAUGAUAGAGUCAAGUCCCAGAUCCAUCAUUUCUAGUUUCUUUCGUACUUGUUUUUCAUCAUGUCUCUAAAAAUGACUUAUUCCCUCCCCCUCCAAUGAGAAAAAAAAAAAAAAAAGCUAUUAAUAAUAAAAGACGCAAUUUCUCC